AUGAUACUCAGGUUACUUGCCAUCUUUGCAGUUUAUACCUCGACACGUGGAAAUAUCGUCUCAGCUUCGUCGAGGACACGCGCACUCAGCAGGAUAACAACACCGCCAUCAACACUACACGCAUCAGCACUCAGUAGUGCCCCAGCUUCGGAUAAUUUGACAACGAUUGGCUCGCCAGAAGCGACAGCACCUGCAUCUUCCUACAGGUCAUCGAGCGAUAGCGAUGAUGAUUCUCUGGAUUCAUUGGACAGCGGCUCGACAGAUAGUGAUGAUUCUUCGGACAGCGAUAAAGACUCAUGGGAUAGCGAUGAUGACAGUUCAGAGAGCGGCGAUGCGUCUUCGGAGCAGGAUGACGAGUCAGCAAUGUCGGACACGCUUUCUAAGGCUAUGAGUGCGGCUCUAAAGUUUGGAGGGGCUCUAAAUGCUACUAGCACGAUAGAGUCCACGUACGUCAACUGGGUUGGCACUGCGCUCGACACGUCGAAAACCACCGCGUGCUAUCGAGAAGCUCACAUCGCAAAGACGUGCCCAGUGGGGUUUAACGCCAAGCUUGGGACAUGCUGGGCGCAGUGUCCGUAUUCGUUUCCCGUACAAUGUGGAAUGGAGUGCAUCCGGCAGAAUGACGACUGUGCGCUCGAAGUCGUCACCAAGGUUUCAGCUUUGGCUCAAACGGUCCUAUCUCUCAUCACGUAUGACGUCUUCGGCAAGCUUUCGAAGUUGGCGCGAGCUGUGCAAGUGGUUAUCAAAUGUGCCAAAUACACGAUGGGACUGAUCAAGGCGUUGGCGAAAUAUGUUCGAAACAUCAUGGUAACCGAUCCACAGACUCCUCAAGACAAGCUACUUGCCAUGCUCUACCAGACAGACAAUGUCGUUGUCGAUAUUCCCAUCGCAGUGUCGUAUUGUGUCGGUCGAUCAGCGUCAGAUGAGAUCAAAUUCGUCGAUAGUGUACUGAUGACAGCAGAGUACGUUUUGAAGGAAGUCGUGGCCAAUGGAGCAGCUAUCCUUUCCAGUUGGGAGAAAUUCACAGGUUUUAUGAAGAAUAUCACGCUGGGGGACUCGUUCGAUUCUCUGAGUUCGAAGGACAUUAAAUCGUUAAAAUCCGCAUUGAAGUCCAAUUCUACCUGCGGUUAUGACAUGAAGCGUGUGCUGGAUCGUACGUGGAUGACGGUGGUGGAAUUUCGUAAGCGGAACCCAGACAUAUCAGAGGAUGACAUUCGUGUAGCCAUCAGCAAGUCAAAUCUUGUACUAAACGAUAUACCGACGGCUACAAACAAUUGUAUGGGCGACUUGAUCGCGGAAUCGGACGAGGCGACAGCAUUCGCCACACGUGACACGCUUCGCAAGACGUUUGGAGGGAUCGUGGACGAUCUGAUUAAAUCGGGAACGAGUAAUAAUGGGUCAUAUCUCAAAGCUGAGGAGUACGCGUUCAACAUAGCGGACAAGGCGUUCAGCUUUUGGGCGAUUUGGGACCCCUGGUCUGCCACUGGAGCAAUUUCUGAGUACUUUCAGCCGAUUUGUGGACCAACAGAGUACAUCGGUGAAAUUGACGACGGUGAUGCGGCGAAAGCAUUGGGCUUGUCAAUUGUUCAACGCGCUUUCAAUAAUUCCGAAGGGAUGUGGAAAAAAAGCGGCGACGGUAGUGUCACCAUUAAGUUUGAAAGCGUUGAUACGGAGGACGUGACAGUGAAUAUCAAUUCUGGCGGCCGCAAGAUCGACGAAGUUGACGUCCCAGCGGGGAAGACUGUGACGUGGAGAUCGAAUGUGACGAUGUUGGGAGGGAAGACGCUGUACCUGGAUCGAUGGCGACCGGGAUUUUUGGGUCUCCCUGGUACUGGUGGUGGAUCAUUGUUGUUGUGGAUUCCUCGAUCCAGUCAGGGUGGAAAUUUGCAGCUCACUGCAAUGUUGAAUGUCAGUUAA